AUGUCUCCGUCGACGGCAUCGAAGUUUAAGCAUCUUCCGCGAGCGGCAUCGGGGCCGUUGAAAUGUCCCUACGAGGGUAGAAGCCUCAUUGCGUCAGGACAGUUCAACAAAGGUUCCGCUUUCACGCUUGAAGAGCGCAAGAACUUCAAGCUACACGGCCUGCUCCCCCCAAACGUACAAACCUUGGAGGAGCAGGUUCGGCGGGCAUACCAGCAGUAUAGCAGCCGCCCAGAUGAUCUGGCCAAGAACACUUUCAUGGCGAGUAUGAAGGCUCAAAAUGAGGUUUUGUACUACAAGUUACUACAAUCUCAUCUGAAGGAGAUGUUCGGCGUGAUCUACACCCCGACAGAAGGCGAGGCGAUCAAGAACUAUUCAAGCCUGUUCAGGAAACCUGAGGGCUGCUUUCUGAACAUCAAUGACCAGGAUCGAAUUGAAGAGUGUCUUUCCAAUUUCGGGAGCAGCGAUGAGGUCGAUUAUAUCGUUGUUAGUGACGGCGAAGAGAUCUUGGGCAUUGGAGACCAAGGAGUGGGAGCUAUGCUGAUCUCCGUUGCAAAACUGGUUCUGUCUACUCUCUGCGCUGGAAUUCAUCCCUCGAGACAGUUGCCAGUCGUUUUGGACUGCGGUACCGAUAAUGAAAGACUGCUCAGUGACGAUUUAUAUCUAGGUCUUCGACAACGGCGAGCCAGAGGCCAGGAAUACGACCAGUUUGUGGACAAAUUCUUGACUACUGCUAAAAAGAAGUUCCCCAGAGCAUAUAUUCACUUCGAGGACUUUGGUCUGCAGAACGCCAAAAGAAUUUUGGAUCGAUUCCGAUCGCAGGUUCCCUGCUUUAAUGAUGACAUUCAGGGAACAGGAUGUGUAACCCUAGCCGCCCUAAUCGUAGCCCUUGAUGUCAGUGGGGUCAAGUUAGAGGAUGCGCACAUCGUCAUCUUCGGUUCCGGAUCGGCUGGAACUGGCAUUGCAGAGCAGAUUGCCGACAGUAUCGCGACAGAAACCGGCAAGUCGAAGUCGGAGGCUUCAAAGCAAAUCUGGUGUUUAGAUAAGCCGGGACUGCUGGUGAAGUCUCUCCAGGACCAGCUGACGCCAGCCCAAGUCCCGUUUGCACGGGAAGACGAGGAGUGGUCCAAAGAGAAGGGCGCGGAUUUACUUUCCGUGGUAAGAGAGGUGAAGCCACAUGUUCUGAUCGGCACGUCCACCAAGCCCCAGGCAUUCACAGAGGCGAUCAUUCGAGAAAUGGCCAAACAUGUGGAACGGCCGAUUGUGUUCCCACUCAGCAACCCUACCCGGCUUCACGAAGCUUGUCCCGAAGACAUCAACCGCUGGAGCAACGGCCAAGCCCUCAUCGCCACGGGGAGUCCAUUCCCGCCCGUGGAGCGAAAUGGCCAGAAAUACGAGAUUGCGGAAUGCAACAAUUCGACAUGCUUCCCGGGGAUCGGUCUUGGUGCCGUGCUCUCGCGAACACGGAUUGUUUCGAACAAGAUGCUUGUGGCAGCGGUCAAGGCACUAGCUGCUCGCUCACCCGCACACCAGGAUUCAAAUCAGCCUCUUCUCCCCGAUGUGGAGGAUGUACGAGAAAUUAGCGUGGAUAUUGCCAAGGCCGUGAUCCAAACCGCCGUCCAAGAGGGGGAGGCUCUAGAGGAGAACGUCCCGACGGACGAGAAAGAGUUGGACGAAUGGAUUCGUGUGCAGAUGUGGGAGCCGGUCUAUAGGCCGCUGGUCAGAGUUUAG